UACCAACUCUAGGCAUCAUGUCACACCUGAAAUUGUUGCAGCAUCUGAGAGCUACAUUACAAAUUUUGGUUACAAUUUCACUACUCUUUAGCUAUGCAAAAAUUGAAGCAAGACAAAGCCUAUCUGAGGUUGAAGAUUUAGAAUUGGAGAGGCAAUUAAAGCUUAUAAAUAAGCCAGCUAUCAAGACCAUUAAGGAAAAAUAUGGAGAUAUAUAUGAUUGUGUGGACUUUUACAAACAGCCUGCAUUCGACCAUCCUCUGUUGAAGAAUCACAAUUUUCAUCCUGAGAUGAAACCUACCUUACCGAAUUUACUAGGAGAUGGCACUUCCUCAAACAUUAAUAGACCAUUUAGCAUAGGGUUAAAAGGCGGAGGUUGUCCUACUGGAACAGUCCCUAUUAGAAGAACUACCAAAGACGAUCUAAUACGACAGGAUAUAAAGCUCAAUGUUUUAGAUGGAACAGACUCCACGCUUUUUAAAAAAUACCUCAGGUAUGCAAUUGUGCAAAUCCCAGAGGAUUCAACAAACAAAAUAGCAGGAGCAGGGGCAAUUCUUAGCGUGCAUAAUCCUCAAAAUCUUACUAAUCGUCAAUUUAGUGCAGGCUAUAUUAAGGUUCAAAAUAACAACGACAGCAUACAAGCCGGUUGGAUAGUGAAUGCAGAGGACUAUGGAGACACUCGUACACGAAUGUACACAUAUUUUAAGUCUGGAAGAAUGGCUUGUUUUAAUACUCGAUGUCCUGGUUUUGUACAAAUAAACACUGGAGUAGCUUUAGAUGGACAACUUACUCCCUCUACGUAUGGUGGACCUGUUCAGGAAUUACCAUUGUACAUUGCACGUGAUACGUCAAGUGGAGAUUGGUGGCUUUUUGUAGAAUCAAACAAUAUAAAAGUUGGAUUUUGGCCAUCAAAGAUUUUUGCAAAUUUAGGUGGAUUUGCAAUAGGUGCUGAAUAUGGAGGAGUUGUACAUGCUAAUCGAGGUGAUCCAAAUCCUUCGAUGGGCAGUGGCUAUUUUCCAAGUGGAGACCUGAAAAAAGAUGCAUAUCUUAAGAAUAGUACUUACUUAAAUGAAAAUAAUCAAGCCAAGUCUUUUAAUGACAUUUCUGCGAAAUUAUAUGCAACCAGACCAAGUGUGUAUAGGGUAUAUCAACAUCCAGACUCAAAACCUGAAAAUGGAGCUUUAGUGACAUAUGGUGGACCAGGUGAACAUAUGUAACAUAUAUGUUACUUUUUGAGUACUCAAAUAAAAUCUUUUCAUUAUGAGCU